GCGCUCCGGCUGCCAGCCCUCCCUUCCACGCUCUGGCUCCUCCUCUGUCUUCACGCUCACGCCAGGCCCUGAGCCCCGCCUCCAUGUCUCGGCGCCAACUCCACAUCCUGGCUCUUAUCUCUGCCUUCCAGGCAUCCCCCAGCUGCACGCUUGGGCCCGGCUCAGAGCCCUAAGCCCUGCCUCCUGGUCCUGGCCCGGUUUGCCAGAACUGCACCGCGCCUCUCCGCCCAGGCCCAAGCCCAAGCCCAAGCCCAAGCCCAAGCCCCUCCUUCACACCCGAGUCCGAGCCCCGCGUCCUGGAUUCGGACCCGCCUGCCUGGGGCGGUGCUGCACCAGGUGCGGGUGUGGCAGGCGUCUCGGAGCGCCAGGUGCAGCUUCCGGGUCAAGAUGGUCGCCGCCUGCCGCGCCGCAGCGGGGCCCCUGCCAUCCCGCCGCCUCCGCUGCCUUCCCGCCCGGGCCCCGCUGCUGCGCGUCGCCCUCUGCCUUCUGUGCUGGGCCCCGGCGGCUGUGCGCGCGGUCCCUGAACUCGGGCUCUGGUUAGAGACAGUCAACGACAAAUCAGGACCUUUGAUAUUUAGGAAAACUAUGUUUAACUCUACAGAUAUCAAGUUAUCUGUUAAGUCAUUCCAUUGUUCUGGGCCUGUGAAGUUUACCAUAGUGUGGCAUUUGAAGUAUCAUACCUGUCACAAUGACUAUUCUAAUCUGGAAGAGCUGUUCCAAAAACAUAAACUUAGUGUUGAUGAAGACUUUUGUCAUUAUUUCAAGAAUGACAACUGUUGGACAACAAAAAAUGAAAACUUAGAUUGCAACAGUGAUUCACAGGUGUUUCCCUCUUUGAAUAAUAAAGAACUAAUAAAUACCAGAAAUGUUUCAAACCAGGAAAGAUCAACGGAUGUGGUAGCCAGAACACAAAAAGAUGGGUUUCAUAUCUUUAUUGUUUCCAUUAAAACGGAGAAUACAGAUGCAAGCUGGAAUUUAAACGUUUCUCUUUCUAUGAUUGGGCCUCAUGGAUAUAUCUCUGCAUCAGAUUGGCCCCUAAUGAUUUUUUACAUGGUGAUGUGUAUUGUUUAUAUAUUAUAUGGCAUACUUUGGCUGAUGUGGUCUGCCUGUUAUUGGAAAGACAUAUUAAGAAUCCAGUUCUGGAUUGCAGCUGUUAUUUUCCUGGGAAUGCUUGAAAAAGCAGUUUUUUAUAGUGAAUACCAAAACAUCAGCAACACUGGACUGUCAACCCAAGGCUUAUUGAUCUUCGCGGAGCUGAUUUCUGCGAUGAAGAGGACGCUGGCUCGCCUGCUUGUGAUCAUCGUGAGCCUGGGCUAUGGCAUUGUGAAGCCUCGUUUGGGAACAGUCAUGCACCGGGUGAUCGGACUGGGGCUUCUCUACUUGAUCUUUGCAGCUGUUGAAGGCGUGAUGAGAGUCAUUGGGGGUUCUAACCAUUUAGCUGUUGUUCUUGAUGACAUUAUUUUAGCAGUUAUUGACUCCAUUUUUGUGUGGUUCAUUUUUAUUAGUUUGGCACAAACUAUGAAGACUCUAAGGCUAAGAAAGAACACUGUGAAAUUUUCAUUAUAUAGACACUUUAAAAAUACUCUGAUCUUUGCUGUGCUGGCUUCUAUAGUGUUUAUGGGGUGGACAACUAAGACAUUUCGAAUUGCAAAAUGCCAGUCAGAUUGGAUGGAACGCUGGGUUGACGAUGCGUUUUGGAGCUUCCUUUUUUCUCUUAUCCUUAUUGUAAUCAUGUUUUUGUGGAGACCAUCAGCAAACAAUCAGAGAUAUGCCUUCAUGCCCUUAAUAGAUGAUUCUGAUGAUGAAAUUGAGGAAUUCAUGGUAACUUCUGAAAAUUUAACCGAAGGAAUAAAAUUAAGAGCCUCAAAAUCAGUUUCCAAUGGAACAGCUAAGCCUGCCACUUCUGAGAACUUUGAUGAAGAUUUGAAAUGGGUAGAAGAAAAUAUUCCCUCUUCAUUCACAGAUAUAGCUCUUCCAGUGUUAGUGGAUUCAGAUGAGGAAAUCAUGACCAGAUCUGAAAUGGCUGAAAAAAUGUUCUCUUCAGAAAAGAUAAUGUGAUUGGAACCCAUAUAAGUGAAAUGUAGUUAAGUCUGAAGGACUAUCCUUCAUCAAGACUGAAAGCGAGCUUUGUUUUGAUAUUGCAUAACAAAUUUCUAUUGUGUUAUCUGGGAAGUCUGUGUAUCAAAAUGAAGAAUUCAGGUGGUAGGAGGGUUCUGCAGUCCUUUUAAAGCUGACUCUUGAGUGUCAGUUGAAUAUCCAUUAAAUUGGAUUUGGAAAUAACCUGAGGAAAGUAUUAUGAGAAAGAUCUGCACAGAUGCCUCUUAGCUUACAGGUGGCAGGCCUGUGGGUUUGGGUUCUCCCUCUUUUCUCUGGAACAUAUGACAAUUCCAGAUUAAAGAAAAAUGUUUUUUUUUUUGUUUGUUUGUUUUUGUUUUUUUUUUUU